UUAUGUUUUAUGGAUAUGGGUUAGGCUUGCAAAACUUAUAACUUGCUUUGAAAUUGUGUUAAUGGUGAGAUUGUAGUCUCAGAUUGAAAGAAGCCCAUUUAUAUACAUUGAAAAUUUUAUGCUCUCAUCGGCUAUGACGGCCUCGAAGAAAAUGUAGAAGAACGAAAAGGAAAUUGUUUUGCUCGGUGGUUUGAGUUUCUGCAGCUUUUUUCCCUCCCCAUCGAUCACUCAUCAGCGCUGUACAGCUCUGGGCAAUUCGUUCCCUUUGAAAAUAAGGAAUAUCCAUGUCGUCUCUUGAAGAAAUUUCCUCUGGUACUUGCUAUGGUCAAUUGUGUGUGGGUUCUUCUUUUAAUGGGAAUUCUAAUGCAGAGGACAUCCUUAUUAUGAUUCAGAUUACGUGUGCUAGCUGGUUACAUGUGAUGCAAUGCUGGACAGAUACAUGGUCUUCUAGGACUAGGGACAGCAGAAAAAGCUAAUAUAUAUGAUAUCCUCCACAUUCAAUAAGAUAGACCAUAGAGUUGUAGUUAUUGAAGACUUGUGAAUAUUUAACAGACUAGUGAUUAGCUAUCAAAAAAAAAAAAACAGACUAGUGAUUAGGGCAUGGGGGUGAAUGAAUCAAUGUUUGGUGCUUUAUAGUUAGGAUCCUUCAGGUUUGUGCCUAUAACGUUUUUGGAGAAACGACAUCCUUUUAACCAGAUGUUGCAUCAGCUUAUGGUGGUUUGCACAAAUUCAAAUAAGAUGUGGCUUAGCUGUUAUAAUUUAUGUCUUAAAAUAGUUUACUUAUUAUUAAUGCAAGCACCAGUGUAGAUUACAACAUCUCUUGUACAAUAAAUAUCCAUUAGAAAUGCAUAGUUUCUCGUGGAGGAAAACAUUCUCUAACACUUCAAUUUAUCUGUCACGGGAUUAUAGAUGUAUCUAAGUGGUUAUUGCACAAAAACGAGGAAGUUUUGAUUUGUUGAUAUUUAUUUUUGGUCAUUUGUGUCAGUAGCAGCCAUUUGUGAAAAAAGAUAUGCUAAUAUUGGUACAAGGACAUCUUCUGUUAUUUGUUUGGUAGGGGUACAAGAGGGUUCUAGUUGAUGUUGAUGGAAUUACUAGAACAACUAGGGAAAUUCAAGUCCCUUAAUGACCCAUUCUCCAGAUGUUUGUUGCAAUAGAAGCAUGUUUUAGUAUUUGCAUGCUUCUUUGCAUAUUCUCUAGCCAAAUGCAAAUUCAUGGUAGAACUUGAGAAAGAAUCACGAAACUCUCUACUUUAUGUUUAUUCCUUGUUUAGGUUUGAUUGACUUGUAUUAAUUAAAAUAUUGUUAGAGGAGUUUAUACAUGGGAUGUUCUCCAUUCCUACUCUUGGAUUUUCGUAAAAUACGUUUAAGAAGGAUAGUCUGAUUCUUCACUUUUUUCAGAACAAGGACCUUCACAAGAAUUGGGAAAGAAAAUUUAUAAGAAUCUCAGUUUGGCAGUGUGUACUUGAGGAGUUGACUGAUGUGCAUUCUUUACUUCUCUUUCUUUAAUGGGAUCAUUCUUUACUUCUCUCUCUUGAAUGGGAUCAAGUAAUAUGGGGUUUUCUUAAAAUAACAUGUUAAGUGGUUUUUUUAUUUCUCAUGGGCUUCUCGUGGAUGCAUUUGGUAUGGACCGGAAAUUUAAAAUCAAGUCUUAUGUGCUAUUGCAUUCUUUUUUCUCUCUCUCAUGAAUGGCUCUACUUAACUUUAUGAUUCAGUUAGGUGUUUGUGACAUUUCUUUAUUCUUUGCAAAAUCCACUCACUUUUUACACUUAAAUAGAGCGUCAAAUCACUAGUUUAAUUUUUUUUAAUUCUAGAGUGGAUAAUGCUGAAGCCGUUGGGUAUGGUUAGAUAAUAUGUAGUUAAUGUGACUUAUAUUAUCCUAGCUCUUUGGUUUCCUCUAAUUUAGUAAUGCUAGAUACAUCAGAUACCUUAAAUGGACAACGUCUUUUUUUUACUAGGUCUUUCUAAAUAUCAAGAAAAGAAUAAAGAAAAACUGAACAUAUAUCUGUUGAGCACGAGCACGAAUUGGACACAGAUAUGAAAGUCGGGGCCACAUAGAAAAACUUGAUGUUCCAAAGUUACCCCUUAACUGACUCUCAAUAGUAGGUGCCAAAUUGUUUCUUGACCUUGUGGUUGUUGAUGUCCUUUCUACGUGUUGUUUUGACAUUUGUUUAGCAAGAUUUUGAUUCUCUAGAUUGCCAUUUAUUACUAUACCCUAAAUAUGUGUUAUUGUGGACAAGGCGGAGUUUUUUUUAUUCUGGAUCUUGCCUAUGGCAACUUUAUUUUCCAUUUAUGCCCUCUAUGGUUUAACUUUCCUAAAUGGCUUUUAUUAUAAUUUUCGUUUACAUCAAUUGGUGUUAACCACUAUGACUUCUUUCUUCACCUUGAAGGCCUAUAAAACGGUAGGAAUGGUCGUCCUCAUUGCAAGGGUUACAAUAGUUUUCUAGUCUCUCUCUUCUUGAUAGGUGCUUAGUUUUGUGUUUCUUUCUUAGACUCUAUCAUGAAUUUCCUUUCGGGCAGCGAAGAUGCAGAUGGUAAAAAAUGUUUCUAUUGCAACAAAGUAUUUGAAAACCAUCGAGCUCUAAUUGGCCAUCUUAGGGUUCAUCAGGAGAACGGAUCAUCAGUGGACUUGAAUUUUCCUGGCCAACCUAGUAAGUUCAUCAAUGUAAAUAGAAACCAUCCUGUUCCCCCACUGAACAUUCAGCAGAACUUGGCUGGUGCAAACAGCCCUACUUCAAACGCUCGAGCUCUGCCUACAAUUGAUUUCUGUACAUUGUUCCGCUCGAAUAAAGCAAACCAGGCUGGCAGGAAGAGAUCCACCGGCGGUAAUCUCCGAUUUCCUCAAACUCAGAUUUUCAUGUCUUCUUUUGUUUUAGCUUUACCCUGUAACAAUUUGGCUCCGAGAGCAUUUGUUCCUGCUGGUGCCAGUGCAGCCAUGUCUUCUGCAGUAUUUGUUCCAUCUGGUAGUGUUGUAACCACUGGCCUUCCUACAGGUUCUUCGUCAUAUUUGGUCCCAAAUGGCGUUUGUCAGUUUAAUACCGGUGAAUUCCAGAUUAUCCAGGAUGGUCUGCUACCAACCUCUCGAGAUGCCUUGAAGAGAACUCAAGGUUAUACGCUUGGUCAUCCUCCAUUCUCCGGUGUGGAAAAAGGUGGUCAAUCUGAGAGAAGCUUGUCAACUGGCAAAAGAAGCAAGAGGUCCAGCAUAGCUGGCAACACUUUGAAUGCCAACGAAGAAACAAGAAUUCCCCAUGAUGUUCAGGUGGAGCCAGAGAGUCUUCAGCUAAGAGAGCUUCCUCUUCUCGACAAUUUUGUUGAAUUGACAUCCGCUGCAAAAACUGAUGUCGGUACUGAAGAGGAAGAAUGUCCAGCUAAUUUAGAUCCGUCUCUGCAGCUCUAGUAGACCUAUGUGGUUCAUUCUAUGAUAUUUAGAUCAAUAAGGGAAUGGUCUCUGUUACCUUCCCCAUCCCUGGCAAAGCGUGCUUUGGAAACUCAUGUUGGUGAUUCAAGUUUUAAUGUUGCUAUGCACUGACUGUUGAUAUAUCUACAAAGUGCACGGUCAGUUGUUCACUUUGUUUUUAACUUAUUUUAUAUGAAGUUAGUUGAUAUGAAAUCUCUUGUGGACUGGUGUUUGAUUAAUCUUUUCCCUUGCUUGACAUAAUUCCGAUUUCGAAAA